AUGCUUUUAGCGCUGCUGGUCAGACGAGAUGGUGACUUUAACCUACAUCGUGGCUGUCUUGUUGCUUUUCUUGUCGUCAAGGUGAACGGGGUCUUCCAUCGCGACGAGAUGGACGAAAUCCUCGGCACAUUGGCCGGCACCUAUCACCGAGAAUUCCCCAAGUUGCCCUUCGAGACGGAGCAUGUGGCCGACUACUACGUGGAUCGGGUGAAGCGAAACAUGCACAUUGUGCUCUGCUUCUCGCCGGUCGGCGAAAAGUUUCGCCAACGAGCCCUCAGUUUUCCUGGCCUCAUCGCCGGCUGCACCAUAGACUGGUUCCAUUCGUGGCCUCGUGAGGCUCUCGUGGCCGUGGGUCAACAUGUCUUGGCCGACUUUCCGCCCUGUCAGUUGGGCGAGCCGCAAAUGGCCGCCAGUUGCGUGCAGGCCGUGGCCAGCAUGCACAAUCGGGUCGUCGAGGUCUGCAAACUCUUCAUGCAGCAGUACCGACGCAGUUACCACGUCACUCCCAAGUCAUACCUCUUCUUUCUCUCCGGCUGCAAAGAGGUCAGUUUACCCAGUCUCGGGUAG